AUGUACCAGCUAUAUACAGAAGUAAGAAAGCAGCUACGUUUACAAGCAGAGAUGGAGGCAUCCAAGCUAGCAAUCUGCAGCUUGUUCGUGCUCGCCGUGGUAGCCGCUACAAUGUUUCACUGCUCCGAUGCCCAGAACUCGCCGCAGGACUACCUGUCGCCGCAGAACGCGGCCCGGUCCGCCGUCGGCGUGGGUCCGAUGAGCUGGAGCACGAAGCUGCAGGGGUUCGCGGAGGACUACGCGAGGCAGCGGAAGGGCGACUGCCGGCUGCAGCACUCGGGCGGGCCGUACGGUGAGAACAUCUUCUGGGGCUCCGCCGGCGCCGACUGGACGGCCGCGGACGCGGUGCGGUCGUGGGUGGACGAGAAGAAGUACUACAACUACGCCAGCAACAGCUGCGCCGCCGGGAAGGUGUGCGGCCACUACACGCAGGUGGUGUGGCGCGACUCCACCAACGUCGGCUGCGCCCGCGUGCGGUGCGACGCCAACCGCGGCAUCUUCAUCAUCUGCAACUACGAGCCCCGUGGCAACAUCGUUGGCCGCAGGCCCUACUGAUCAUACGACGUUGUUGCAACAAGCUAUAUAUAUGUGUCUAGCACGCAUGCAUCGUCCCUCGCUCGUUACAUGCACGCGCUGUGUGUUUGUGUUAUGUCUUAAUUAGAGGGAGUAAUAAUAACAUUAGUCAAAUCAAAUAAGUGAGUAAAUGAUGUACUUCAGCUUGGAUUGAAAUAAAGACAAAACCACGAUCGAUGCGUCUUGCUCUUUUCUAUA